AUGGCUGAGCGAUGCUUCAGGUUCGAUGACAUGGAUGAUGGUGACGAUGCGCCCAAGCAGAGGCGCCGGGCCGGGGCGAUGCAGUCCUCGAUGAAGAUGGGGCGAGAGCUCAAAGAGGUUGAAAACGCUGCCGAAGACUGGGAACACAGUGAAGACAGCGAAGAAGAGGCUGAGCGAAGAAAGUAUGAAGAAGAAAGUGGAAUCAGGAUAGAGCCCUUCAACACAGAUAUGGAGCGAGAAGAAGGUCAUUUUGAUGCUGCAUCCGGCCACUAUGUAGAAGAUAAGUUCAAGAUGUCACAAAGAGAUGCAUGGCUCGAUGAGGUCAAUGACAAGUACGCACAUGGCCUACAAAAGCCUGUCGCGCGGAACAAAGAGGAAGAAAACGAGGACGACGAGAUGGAAGAGGAAGUCGAUCAACAGUCGUUGCUUAAGAUCUUGUACGAAGCGCUCAAAGAGGGAGAGACAGUCGUUGCUUUCCUCCGCCGCAUGCGAGCUGACAAGGAGAAUCUUGAGUCAGAAGUUUUCAACAAGGUCACUGAGGCAUCGGACAAACUUCUAGCUGCUGGGUAUCUGAAUGUGUACUCGGACCCCCGAGAGAAGAUUGCUCAAAGAAUCCAGUUCGAGCAGCCAGCCGAGACGGAGGAGGUUCCUGACGAUGGCCGGACGUGGGAGUACAAGAUCCUCUCUGAAGAUCAACACUCAGCUCUUGCACAGCUGGACCCCAAGAAGAUGUCCAUCAAAGAUCUGAGGGCUUACCUUGACUCCCAGGGCGUGUCUUACAAGGGAAUUGUUGAAAAAGAGGAUCUUGAGGCAAAAGCAUCUCAGGUGUUGGACAAAGCGAAGAAGAUGCUUGAUAUGGUCUAUGGACCCUUCACUACCUCUCAAAUGAGAUCCUGGAUCAAAAGUGGUUAUUUUUCGGGCGAACAAGUAGCAAUGAUUCGGCAGGUGACGGACCCUCCUUCCGAUUUCGUUCGAACAGAUCGGGUUGACCUAGAUGAUCUGAUUGCUUCAUGA